CUUCAGUUGCGCGUAGAAAAGAAGAAGAAAAAUCCCCAUCUACCGUACGAAAAUGUCUGAAAUGCGUUGGGACAAUCAGGUGGUCGUCGUCACGGGCGCAGGCCACGGCCUAGGCCGUCAAUACGCCUUGUUUUACGCACGGCGCGGAGCCAAAGUCGUCGUCAAUGACCUCGGUGGCUCGAUCAACGGCGCCGGAGGCGGAAGCAGCAAAGCAGCUGACGAUGUCGUGAACGAGAUCAAGGCUCUCGGCGGAGAAGCCACUGCAAACUACGACUCCGUCGUCGACGGCGAGAGGAUCAUCGAGACGGCCAUCAAGAGCUACGGCCGGGUCGACGUCUUGAUUAACAAUGCUGGUAUCCUGAGAGACAUCACGCUCAAGAACAUGAAGGACGAGGAUUUCGACAAGAUCAUCGCCGUGCAUCUGACGGGAACGUGGAAGUGCACCAGAGCCGCGUGGCCGUACAUGCGAAAGCAGAAAUACGGACGCAUCCUCAACACGUCCUCGUCCUCGGGUCUCUUUGGGAACUUUGGCCAGUCCAACUACGCGGCCGCGAAAAUGGCCGUGGUCGGCUUCACCGAAACCCUAGCCCGGGAGGGGUUGAAGUACAACAUCGUUGCGAACGUGCUGGCGCCUGGCGCUGCCAGCCGUCUUACCGCGACCGUGUUUGACCAGCGCAUGAUGGAGAUCAUGAAGCCGGACUGGGUCGUUCCUCUUGUCGGCGUGCUGACGCACAGGUCGAACGUGAAGGAGACGGGAAGCAUCUUCGAGGCCUCGUCGGGCCACUUCUCCAAGAUCAGAUGGGAGCGUUCGGAGGGUCUGCUGCUUUGUGCCGACGAAAACCUGACGCCCGACGUGCUGCUGCGGCACUGGAAGAAGGUGUCCGACUUCUCCAAGGUCGAGCACCCAAACAGCGUCGUCAAUGGGCUUGCUAUGUUGGAAAAGGGCUCGUGGCUACCGAAGAACCAACCGGGACAGCCGAUCAGCUUCAAAGGAAAGAUUGUCCUUGUCACUGGUGCUGGUGAAGGCCUUGGUAGGGCGUACGCACAUCUCUUUGCGAAGCUUGGCGGCAAGGUCGCGGUCAACGACGUUGUGAACGCCGAGAAGGUUGCCGCUGCCAUCAACCAGGCCGGGGGCGAAGCUUUUCCGAUCACGCAGACCGUCGAAAAGGGAGACGAAGUCGUCAAGGCUGUCAUCGACAAGUACGGGCGGAUCGACGUCGUCGUCAACAAUGCCGGCAUCCUUCGGGACAAGGCCUUCUCCAACAUGACGGACGACAUGUGGCAUGCCGUCAUCAACGUUCACCUGAGGGGAACGUACAAGGUCAUGAAGGCCGCGUGGCCAUACAUGCUUAAGCAGAAGUAUGGCCGGAUCGUGAACAUCACGUCGACAAGCGGCAUCUACGGCAGUUUUGGCCAGGCCAACUACGCCGCGGCGAAAUGCGGAAUCAUAGGCCUAACUACGUCGACGGCACGCGAAGGUCAAAAGUACAACAUUCUGGUCAACGCUGUCGCUCCGCUGGCAGGUACGAACAUGACAAGGACGGUCCGGCCAGAAGCCGAAGUCCAGGCCAUGAAGCCGGAGUACGUCGCGCCGCUCGUCGCUCUGCUUUGCAGCGACCAGAACCCGAGCCCGCCGGGGAAGGUCUACGAAGCCGGCUGCGGCCAUUUUGCCAACACAAGAUGGCAACGUGCUCGUGGCGUGGACUUUGAUUUCGACGCGGGCAUCCCAAGCGUGGAGGCCGUCUACAAGGAAUUCGACCGCAUAUGCGAUUUCGACAACGGCCUGGCUGAUAACCCCGAGAGUCCUGCGGACGGUAGCAAGUAUAGUCACGGCAACAUCGCCAAAAGUAAGAAACUGGCCGGGAGCCUGCCCAGCCGGCGAUCUGGAAAGUUGUAAGCUGCGGGGGAAAAUAAACCCACGUUUG